AGCGCCCGUGGGCUCCUCCCUUGGCCGGCGUGCCUUGGCCGCCGCGGCUCAGUGAUACGAAGGACAGAUUUCUUGUUUGUCUGAAGUUAAAUCCAAGCUGACCUGUCACUACAAAUGGACAGUUUUUCAAAGAUGUGGCUUGGUGGAGCAGCUUCUUGGUAUCUCAACUAUGGAAGGCCAACUUUGUGCUAAUGUGGACGUUUCUGCGCAAAAACCUCCAGGAGCACGCCCUCAGUCCUUCAUUGCUUUGCUGAAGGUUCACCGGGAGCUUCUGGUCGGUAGGAUCCGAAACACGCAGUGUUUGAUUGAUAACUUGAUUAAGAACGACUACUUCUCCACUGAAGAUGCAGAGAUCGUUGUCCAGUUUCCUACUCAAGCAGAUAAGGUUCGCAAAAUUCUAGAUUUGGUUCAAAGCAAGGGAGAAGAAGUUUCAGAAUAUUUCAUCUAUGUCCUGCAGAAAGUCACUGAUGCUUACUAUGAGCUUCAGCCUUGGCUGGAUGAAAUAGGCUAUGAGCCUUCAGAGAAUAUUUGUAGUAAACCUGUGGUAAACACAGAUCCAGUUAGCAGGUAUUGCCAGAAACUCAGACAUGAACUGGGACGGGACUCCAAGUUUGUUAUGUUGUACGCUCAGAAGGAGGAGAUGCUGCUUGAAGAAACCUACUCCAACAGUAUUAUGGAGCUGGUCAGUUUUACCAACGAGAGUCUUGGCCAGGUGGGUCAACUAGAAGCCCUUUUUGAUGAUGCAGUUGGGCUAAUUAAUGAAGAUGGAGAGACUGUUUAUGUCUACGGUGAUGCAGGAAUUGGAAAAUCCAUCUUGCUGCAAAAGAUACAAAGCCUUUGGGCCCGAAAAGAAUUAGACGUAGGGGCCAAGUUUUUCUUCCGUUUUCGGUGUAGGAUGUUUAGUUGUUUCAAGGAAGAUGAAGCCAUAUGUUUGAAAGACCUGCUCUUCAAAUAUAAUUGCUACCCAGACCAGGACCCUACAGAAGUGUUCCAUCACAUCUUGCAGUUCCCUCAUACAGUUCUUUUCACUUUUGAUGGCUUUGAUGAGAUCUAUUCUGACUUUGAUCUCAGCAGCGUACCUGAGAUAUGCUCACCCGAUGAACCCAUCCACCCCCUGGCACUGCUCGUAAGCCUUCUCAGAGGAAAGCUUCUUAAGGGAUCCAAGAAAAUUCUCACUGCCAGGACAGGAACUGAGAUCCAAAAAAACAUCAUUAGGAAGAAAGUGUUGCUCCGCGGUUUCUCCAGGAAUAACCUGAAGGAAUACACAGCUAUGUUUUUCAAAGAUGAGCGGCGACGAGCACUGGUAUCAAACCAGUUGGAAGCUAAUCCAAAUCUCUGCAGUUUGUGUUCAGUGCCUUUAUUUUGCUGGAUUAUCUUUAAAUGCUUUGAACACUUCCACUCCAUGUUUGACAGCCACGAGCUUCCAGACAGUUCUGUUACAUUAACAGACGUAUUUUUGCUCAUGAUUGAAGUCCACCUGAACCGAUCCGUAAAAACAAGUUUGCUGAAGAGCAAUAUCAGGAGCCAAGCAGAGAUGUUCAAAUCAAGAAAGGAAAGUCUUCUAGCUUUGGGUAAAAUGGCUUACAAAGGGAUGGAGAGCUCUUCCUUUAUCUUUGAGCAGGAGGAAGUCUCAUCAGCAAGCAUCUCUGAAGAAGAUUUGCAAUUGGGCUUUCUCAGGACAGUUAAAGGUUACACUGGCUGUGACAGCCAGGCCACUUAUGAGUUCUUGCACUUAACCCUUCAGUCUUUUUUCACAGCUUUGUUCUUGGUUAUGGAGGAGAAGGUGGGUACCAAGGAGUUACUUGAGUUUUUCAAUGAAUGUUCUUCCAUGGAGACUGCCCAGCCUACUUGCCUUCGUAUCCCCUGGCUGAAGAAACAACUAGCAGGGGAGGAUCCUUUCCAAAAUAAAGAGCACUUUAAUUUUACCAACAUGUUUCUUUGUGGCCUACUUUCUGGAUCCAGGCAGAAGCUCUUCAGGCAUUUAGUUUCGCCUGUGGUCAUUAAGAGGAAGAGAAAAACACUCAUCAGAUACCUUGGGAAGAGCAUGAAAUCCCACCUGAAAGGCUUCACUCGGUCCAGGCUUACAAGCUACAAUCAGGUGCAGGUGCAGCCCAACUUUGUGUGGAUGCUGAGGUGCCUGUACGAGACGCAGAGUGAGAAGGUGGGGAGGAUGGCAGCCCGCCGCAUGCACGCCAACUACAUCAAGCUGUCCUACUGCAACGCCUGCUCUGCCGACUGCAGCGCCAUCUCCUUUGUUGUGCACCACUUCCAGAAGCGCCUGGCUCUGGAUUUGGACAACAACAACAUCAAUGACUAUGGAAUAAAGCAGCUGCAACCUUGUUUCAGCAAGCUUGCAGUGAUCAGGCUCAGUGUAAAUCAGGUCACAGAUCAUGGCGUAAGGAUCUUGUAUGAAGAACUCUCCAAGUACCAAAUUGUGUCUUUCUUGGGCUUAUACAACAACCAAAUCACUGAUGUUGGAGCCAAAUAUGUUGCAAAACUAAUUGAAGAGUGUUCAAGCCUGGAAUAUGUUAAAAUAGGAUCAAACAAAAUAACGAGCGAAGGAGGGAAGUGCCUUGCCCAGGCCAUCCAGAAGAGCAAGACAAUGUUUGAAAUUGGGAUGUGGGGUAAUCAAGUUGGAGAUGAAGGAGCAAAGGCAUUUGCAGAGGCUCUGAGGAACCACCCCAGGUUAACAAACGUGAGUCUCGCAUUCAAUGGCAUCACGACAGAGGGAGGCAAAAGUAUUGCUGAAGCCAUGCAACACAACAACUCCGUGAGGAUUUUCUGGUUGACUAAAAAUGAGCUGGAUGAUGAGGCAGCAAUGAGUUUUGCAGAGAUGCUGAAGGUCAACAAGAAACUGGUGCAUUUAUGGCUUAUCCAGAAUCAAAUUACAGCCAAAGGGGUGAAGUGCCUCAGUGAAGCUCUCAAGGAGAACACGACUAUUCAAGAAAUCUGCUUGAACGGGAACCUGAUAAGCCAAGAAGAGGCCAAAGCUUUUGAACAUGAAGAGCGGAUCAUUUGCUUUUGAACAUGAAGAGCAGAUCAUUUGCUUUUGAAUGAGGACUUUCCCAUUUUGCCAAGUUGGUGUUAACAAAGGUUACUCCUACACUUGGACUGCAGAGUUUAUAAAGGCAUAAAUCUACAGUGCUCGUGGCAGGAGAGAGAUACACAAUAAGCUGCCUUUUUAUGAACACACUGCACUCCCUCAGCUCCAUCCCUUACCCUGCCUGUUAUUCUUAAUCCUUUUGGUGAGUGGGAAGUUGCCUGGGUAAAUAAUUAAUGUUUGUUUGGUGCUUUGAAGAUGGAAUGCAAAGUGUUAACAGACUAAAUCCACUGGCAGGUGUAUGCAUUUUGAUAACUGAGUUUAGAUUUAUUCUGUACAGUGAUGUAAAUAAUCCCUUAACUUAUUCAUAUACGUAAAUAAAGACACGUAAGUAUAAAUCUGUGAGAAAGGGUGCAAGAUGCACAAAUUCCACCAGCUCUGAGUAUUACCUGCCUCAGAACUGAAAGUGAAUAUAUACACAGCUUUGCCAGAAACGGGAUCUAUAGUAGUUGCUUGGUGUGUUUUGAACAUAAAUUCCUUCUUACUGCCUAGAAAUUAGGUCCCUGUUUCUCCACUGACUACAGGCAGCAUCAUAGACACUGCUUUUUAGUUGUUGGGUUUUUUUGAAUGGGUAGAAAUGGAUGCAUCAGGCUCAGAUUACUUUCAGUAAUCUUUUUUUCCCAUAUCAAAGCCAAUCCAUUUUCUUUCAUGCAACAAGAAGUCCUUUUUGCCAUCACUGUAAAAUCAUAACACGGUCAGUAAACCACUUCUGCUUCAAAUUUCCAGAGGGCUGCAUAGAAACGGCUGCCUCCUGUUUCCACAGUGUUUGUUCUGGGGAGGGGGCCUGGAGAGAAAUGUGAACAAUUAAUUAGCAGGCUGUUCAUUGCCUUGGCUCCUGGCCAUUGGUGGCACUACACCAAUAUCACGUUGCCCAGCAUCAGUGGGGAGAAAGAGCGAUUGAAAAUCAACUGCGUCGAGUAGAAAUCCCUUCUCCCAGCAACAGGCAAGCACACAGGAGGAUCGAGAUUGGCUUGGAAAGCUUUUAGUCUAUGCUUGAAUCAGUGGACAGGGCAAGGCAAGGGGCAGUAGUAAUAAUAAGGACCAGCAAGAAAACAUUUUCCUCCCCCAGAUUACUGUUUAGGGUGUAUAACUUUAGAGGCUUUAAAAGAAACCAGUUAGCAAAGGAGUGGGGGAUUUGAUUAUUUUUUGUGGGAGCUUUAUAACCUCGAACUCUACCCCACAGUGUAGGGGGUAGAGUUUGAGUUUAUAAACCUAAAAUGGAAAAGCGUGAGCCAUUUUAUUUCCUUCUCCCAUGUUACCACCCCCCUCCCCCCAAACUCUGAGAAACAAUUCUCCAGUUGCUGACUAACCCACACAACCUUGGUAGAUUGGAAGAAGAAUCUUCAGUUAAAAUGCCAAACUAAUGAACCCUCUCCUCCCCAUCUCUCAAAUCUGCCCCAUGAAGCAAAGAAAAUGUUUGCUUUGCAGGUCAGAGCUUCUCUGUUUCCUAUGUGGUAGCAAACCUUUCCCAGCCCUCAAUUCUGUCUACUCCCUUCAGCUCCCUAACACAUUUUAAAAUACUUACUGGGCUUCUCACAAAACCUGCAGUUAUAAAGGAAAAAAAAAGGAAGAAAAGCAACUUAGUUAUUCUUCAGUGGCUUUCCCUCUGUGCCUGUGGUAUCAACACUGAUUUUUCGGAGGCAGACAGAUGAGGUUUUUCAACCAUGCCAGAGGGAACUCAGCUAACGUGAAUGAUUUCUGCACCUGAGCCAUUUGUUUACUGAAGCAAAAGGGCACACAGUUACAGAUGAGCUGGAUUUCAAUUGCCAAAACAUCUGCCAAAGCAAAGCCUUUAAAGACUUCUCAGUGACUUUAACAAAUCAGAGACUCAUGCACCUUGUCAAAGUGUGUUUUGCCAGCCUACUCUGAUGGAGGGGAGAAGAUACUGGAGUAAGGAAGGACCUUCACCAGGGGCAUAAUUUGCCUGUGUUUGAGGAACUGUGCUCCUACUUUGCUCUAAUCACAGAAAUAUUUGUUCAUUUACCAGGUAGAAAACAUGUUUAAAAACACAGUUCCUGUCCUCAUUUCACUAAUUGACCAAAAUAGCUCCCCCCAAGCUUUCCCAGUGCAGUCACAUCUGCCCCUUUUUUGGGCUAGAGCAGCCUUUGGCAUUGCUUGUAGUGACAAGCUCAGCGCUGUUGCAAAUCUUGUUCCAUACCUGGCUGUUACAAGCUGGGCAUCCAGGGGGUGUUUUCAGGGACAGCACCACUUACAGGGUAGCAGCAUCUAAAUGCAGCCUCAGGGUAAAUGGUAGCAGGAUCAAGCCCAGCUCCAUGUAGGACAGGAUUUGACACUGAACAAGAUUACAGUGCCAGAGACAGAGCAAAUCACAGACAUUCCUUCCAGAGGUGAUUUUGGGCAGCGAACGCUUGUUUGGGCUGGGCUGAAGGUCUGAGCACAGCUCACUCUGGGUUUGACAAAACCAAGGGGUUUCAUAGCAUCCUGCUCCCAGCUCACCCAGAGCAGGGGGUCUGCUCCCACAGCUCUGGGAGUCAUGCUGGGCAAACUGCUUUGGAAGCAGGCAGACAUCCCUUGUUUAUCUGCACAGCAUUUCUGGCUGAAGCUCUUCCCAGUCUUACCAGCCUCUUUGUAAGGCGCAUUGGAGCAACGCUUCUGCAGCUUGCAAUGAGAGCCUUGUUUACUCAGAAACAACUAUAACUUUUUAAAGACUUGUUAGUAAUUUGCUGAAGACUUCUCUGUAC